AUGCCGCCUCUGCAUAGCCGCGCGACGCGGCAGCUCGUGAAGGAGCGCAACAAGGUCGAAGGCCCACGCUCGCUGCACCGCGGUAUCCACUAUCAGGAGAACGAAGCCCAUGCUUUGUCCUACAUGCAAAACACCAGAAAGAAGCGUGCGGAUCACCGCGAUUUGCUCGUCCACCAUCAGCGAAUCAACGAGGACCUGCAGGACAUCUACGCCCGCACGGCGGCGCUGCACUCCGGCGACAUGACGAUGGAGGAGCGCAUCGAGGAGAACUGGAAGCAAUUCGAGCGCAUUGGCGGUAAACGACCUGUCAACGUGCGCACGCGUACCCAGGACGCUGUUCUCUGCGCGAACCAAAGUUCUGUGCCCUAUGCGGAACGACUGGCACAGGUGUCGCAGCAGAAAAAGGAGCUGCGCGAGCGCGGCGCGUGGGAGCGGCUGACUCAUGGUGAAGCUGUGGAUUACAGUCAAGGUAGUGCGCUGCACGCAGCCAAGGACAAGCGGGUCCAGAUGUUUCAGCGUCGUCAGCUCCGCCGCGCGCACCUGCUCCGACGUGUUGGUGACCCGACACCUUUGAAGCAGUCCGGUACGUACGACAUGAAUAGUGGCACACUUCAGGUCUUCAACAAGACCAUUCGCAACGUACAGCGUGAGGUAGCGCACGACGCUCGCAUUGCAGAGGUCCGGAAGCGCCGCAAGGGUAGUCGUAGCCAGUGGGACCUCAACGAGGGCGGCAACGUGAACCGGCCAGAUCAAGACGUGCUGCGGUACUCACGCGACGGGGAACUCGGCCCGCGACGAAAGGCAGGUGGUGGCCGCCGAGGACACAAGCGAGAACGAGAGGAGUUGUGA